AUGGAGUAUAGGCAUGGAAGGGUGUUUGUUGGAGGGGUUUCACAGGAGACAGACGAAGAGACUCUGAAAGAGCAUUUUGGGAAGUAUGGGGAGGUGAGAGAGUCUGAAGUUCUCACAGACAAAGUGACAGGUUACAAAAGAGGGUUCGGAUUCGUCACUUUUGUGGACCCAUCUGUAGUUGGUAGAGUCCUUCAAGAAGAGCAUAUCAUUCUUGGAAGAACGGUAGAGGUGAAUAUAGCGAAACCCAAACGUGGGAUGUGCACAAAUUAUUGCUGCCAAGAAUGCUGCUGCCUCCGCCAACAGGAGAUCAUUGGUGCUAGUACAAGUUCCUGUAAUGGCAAUUGUAAUUCUCGGGUUAGGACUAAGAAGAUUUUUGUUGGCGGUUUACCAUCUAGCUUGAUAGAGGAAGAGUUCCGGAGUUACUUUGGGACAUUCGGUACGAUUGAGGAUGCAAUUGUGAUGUAUGACAAAAAAACAAAUAGGCCUAGGGGCUUUGGGUUCGUCACUUUUGAGUCAGAAGAGACCGCAGAAAAUGUAUUGCAAAACAGUUUUCAUCAAUUAAACAAUAAGAUUGUGGAGGUCAAGAGGGCUAAACCUAAAGUCAGGAGUAAUAAUCAUAUAGGCUCUGAUGACUUGUGUUUUGGAGUAGGGUCUAUAAAUGGUGGUUUUGGGUUUUACUCUCCAUAUGCUGAUUGCUGCAGCAGCUGUGCUUUUUGUACAUUCUCUGAUCCAAAUUUUUCAGUUUACUCUGAUGGAUUGGGGGCUUACACGAACAUGAAUAAUGGGUUUGGUUAUGAGACCUUUUCUGGCGCGUCUCAUUAUUAUCUAUGUAAUCCACUGUGGUAUGGAGGUUUGGUUUCUUCUCCAACAUAUGUCAAUGGUGUGGCUUAUGCAACUGACUGGGAUAGUCAGCUCAUGUAUGCAACUACGUAUAUCAAUGGUGGGGCUUAUGCGACUGGCUGGGAUAGUCAGCUCAUGUAUGCAACUACGAAUUUCAAUGGUGGGACUUAUGCGACUGGCUGGGAUAAACGAUUGAGGGAUGCACCUGAUGGUAGUGUUCAUUAUUCAUGCCGAAAAGAAGAUACUGAUCCAAAUCCUGAUGGACUUUUGAUCUCUCCUAACUCGAUUAAAUCUAAUGAGAAUGGUGAUAGUUGUAAUGCUGGAAUUCCGGCUAGUAAAAUCCAAACUUGGAUUCAGGGUGCAUUAGGUAAUGAAAUCAAUGGUGCUGAAGAGAAAAGGGAAGUGGAUAACCAAUCAAUGCCUCAUAUAUAUGGCUAUCAGGCGUCUGUGAUUGUAUGUAAUGAUAGCUUAAAUGAAAGCGAUGAAGGUACUCAUGCUAAGGUUAGAACAAAUAAAAGUCUGCCUCGGAUGGAUAUGUGGAGAUUGGAAGAUAAUGGUACAGAAAAUUUGAGCGCAGAUAACCAAGGCCUUGCCAUUCUUGUUGGCACUGAGAAAGACUCAGUGGGUACAAGACAUGACUCAUGCUUGGAAGAUGAUGGUACAGAAAAUAAGGGAGCAGAUAGCCAAGGCCUUCCCACUCUGGUUGACACUCAGAAAAAUUCAGGUCAGUGA